AUGACAGCCAGCAAAAUAGACGAGCUCAAAGUCACAGUAUGGAAUGUCAAUGGAAAACAAAGGAACGUACUGUGGAAUUACAAAGUGAACAAGCCAUGCCAACACUUUCUGAUCGCUAGCACCAUGCAACAGUAUUAUCCAGAUAUGCGCAACUGUGUUGUGCCACCGGGACAAUACAGUUACAAAACAAACUACACAGAUAUUGCAUACAAAUUCUUCGGUAAUUCCUUCUUCUACGGAGAUUUUGCCUUUAAAAUGAAUGCAAUUUCCAAACAAGGCAAUAUUAUGUGUAUACAGAUCUAUGCGUUGUUCACUAAGAAAGUGUAG